AUGCCAGACGACACCAAAGCUAAAGCUUUUACCGAUAUUUCGUCAAAAUUAUCAGCACCACCAAAACGAUCCCUCUUCGAGCGCCAGAAGGCCGAAGCAGAAGCAAAACGCGCUCGCGAGAAAGCCGAAACUGCCGCCGUUUACGAAGAUUUCGUUAAGUCCUUUGACGAUGAUGGAGGAGAUAGUGGCAGUAGGAGGACAUCGUCAAAUUUCAGGUCUAGCGGGCCUGGAAGUCUAGGUGGUCCUCCGCCAAAGCGUCACUUUACCAGCGCAUCGUCUACUCGCAACAGCGGCCCUGGAAGUUUAGGCCCGGCGCCGUCUUUUGGGCGAAAACGAACGUACGACGGGUUAUAUCGCGAACGAGAUCGAAAUAAUAGAGAACCAGGGAGUCAUGGUAUAUUUGGCUACGAUGAUAAUGAUGCGCCAGCCGGUUUUCGUGCUUCUGAUGACGAAGUGGACAGGGUUGUGGAGGACAAAGAAGCAGAAAGAGCUGUUGCAAAGCCUACGGUUUAUCUCUCUUCGCUGCCUCCAGGUUCAUCACCAGCUGUCAUCAAGGCUUUGAUUCCGGGAAAUCUUACAGUAGAUGCUGUCAAGAUUAUACCUCCGCCGGCCCAGCCUUCUAUGGAGCGCAGAUCUUUCUCCGCCAUUGUGACUUUAGCGCAGGAAACAGCAGCUUCUGAUAUAGAUGCCGCUGUAAGUGCUUUACAAGGCAAAUAUCUAGGAUGGGGUUAUAAUUUAUCGAUUUCGCGCCACUUGUCAUCCGCAGCAAUUCAUUCGGGCAUGCCCGUGACUGUGGGUUCUUCCUCUAAGAGCUCGUUGCCUUUUGGUGCGAAACCCGUCAGUCAAGCUCCCAUCGGCAGACUCAAUCGAGCACCUCCGCCUGGUCCUCAUCGCGGCGGAUUCGCACCUCCGGCUUCUUAUGGAUCGCAAUAUGGAAAGCCUGCGUCGACAGCUGAGAUAGAAGUUAAACCACCUUCGGACUUGAAGCAGUUGCGACUGAUACACAAAACCCUCGAAAAUUUAUUGAAAUACGGACCUGAAUUUGAGGCGUUGCUGAUGAGCCGACCAGAGGUACAGCGAGAGGAGAAGUGGGCUUGGAUAUGGGAUGCUCGUAGCGUUGGUGGUGUUUGGUAUAGAUGGAAACUUUGGGACGUACUCACGAGGGCAAAUACCGGUCAUGGCCGACAUGGGAGGAAUACUGGUCCCGCUUCGCUAAUAUUUGAAGGAGGUGCUAGCUGGGUCACCCCGGAAAUGCCGAUUCGCUUCGAAUAUGCUACCACACUCGACGAAUUUGUAUCUGACGAAGAGUAUAACUCAUCGGAUGAAGAAGGCUCCGAUAACGAAGAGUCGAAGAGGCGGCAUGCAGCAGACGAUUCAAUUGGGGGACAGGAUGGUAUUGGCUACAUGGAUCCAUUGCAGAAGGCAAAAUUGACACAUUUACUUGCUCGACUUCCUACAGCAAACACUAGAUUACGACGAGGUGACGUGGCUCGAGUGACAUCUUUCGCUAUUGAACAUGCUAGCGCGGGAGCAGAAGAAGUGGUCGAUAUGCUUGUGACAAAUGUACUUCGCCCGUUUGCAUACUCACGAGCCAACCCAGAUCGGGAAGAAGUACGAAGUGCCCUGAGAGAAAGCGAAGCGAACGCCGCUGCUGCCUCUGGGGAUAAGGCUGACGCUGGCCCGGCCACUUCUGGCAGAACCGUCGAGGAUACGUCAGCUGCGAAGCUUGUUGGUCUUUAUGUGAUAUCAGAUAUCUUUUCGUCAUCAUCGACCAGUGGUGUGCGUCAUGCUUGGCGAUAUAGGCAACUAUUCGAAUCCGCAUUCCGGUCAUACAAAGUUUUUGAGCAUCUGGGCCGCUUAGAAAAAGACUUGGGCUGGGGUCGGCUUAAAGCAGAGAAAUGGAAGCGCAGCGUCAAUGCUAUGCUGCAUAUUUGGGAAGGUUGGAGCGUUUUCCCGCAGUCAGCCCAAGAUCAUUUCACUCAGAGGUUUGAGAAUCCGCCUUUGACAGAGAAAGAAAUGGAGGAGAAAAAGAAAGCCGAGGCUGAGCAAGCCCAGUCUGCAGCCGGUAAUAAGGGCAAAAGUCGAUGGAAAACUGUGGAUGAAGAUGCACCUGCUGGUGGAAGGUUUGAUCCAAGCCAGGUACCGCUACCUGAGCAAUCCGUUGCUGCGCCAGAUCACGAUGACCAGGACGGUGAGCAAAUGAGUGACAUCGACGGCGUCCCAAUGGAAGACAGCGAUCUUGAAGCGGACGAGCUAGAUGGGCAGCCCUUAGACAUGGAUGUUGAUGUGCCAGAAACUCAAGAGGAGAGAGAGCAGCCCGAUCAGACCUUAGAGUCAACCAGCAAACCCGAAGAGACCACGCCAGUCGGGCGAGCGCGAAAGCCACGCCCAAAGGCAGAGGACAUGUUUGCUGAUUCCGACGAUGACAACAAUUAG